CCAUCUAUUACAACUAUCUGGCUACCAACAACUUCCAUCAACGCUCAUCAACUUCUAUCACCGAUCAAUAUGCAGUUUGUACGAAAGGCCGAAGAGGCCCUGACUGGUAAAAAGGACGAGUCGACUGAGUCGACCAAGUCCUCCAACCAUGGACCUCACUCAUCCAACUUGGCCAACAAGCUCGACCCCCGUGUCGACAGUGAUAAAGACCACCGUGCUGCCCACACCGGUAUAGAUGACCGGAAUAUCAGCAAGGCGAGAGACUUUGGCACUGGCACUGGCACUGGCACUACUGCUACUGGGACCACCAACCCUCACACAUCUACCCUUGCCUCCGGUACUACCCACGGCACCUCUACCACCCACGAUACAUCGGGUGUGACAGGCACUGGUGCUGGUGUGGGAACAACCCACGGCACAACUGGUAGCACCAAUGCCGGCCCCCACAGUUCCAACGUCGCCAACAAGGCCGAUCCCCGUGUCGACUCUGAUCGCGAUCACCGCGCUCGUCAUGAGCCCUUCACUGGUACUGGGGCCAGCACCGGUCUUGGGUCUACUCAUGGCACUACUCCUGCUACAGGCUCUCACAGCUCGACUCUGGGCUCUGGCACCGGCACCGGCACUGGCACUGGUACUGGAACUGGAACUACUAGCUACAACACCCCCGGCAGUAGCAGCGACAACGCCGGUCCCCACAGCUCCAAAAUCGCCAACAAGGCCGAUCCCCGUGUCGACUCUGAUCGCGACAACCGCGCUCGUCAUGAGCCCUUCACUGGUGCUGGCACCAGCACCGGUCUUGGAUCUACUCACGGCACCCACGGCACCCACGGUACCACCGCUACAGGUCUUCCCGGUUCAACUCUAGGCUCUGGAACCGGUGUUACUCACGGCACUCACGGCACUACCCCUGCUACAGGCUCUCACAGCUCGACUCUGGGCUCUAGCACCGGCACUGGCACCGGCACUGGCACUACUAGCUACAACACCCCCGGCAGUAGCAGCGACAACGCCGGUCCCCACAGCUCCAACAUCGCCAACAAGCUCGACCCCCGCGUGGACUCCGACCGCGACAAUCGCGCGCGCCAUGAAGCCAUCGCCGAUUCAGGGCUCACCAGCAGCGCCACAGUUGGUCCCCACAGCUCCGAUCUUGCGAACAAGGCUGAUCCCCGCGUCGAUUCGGACCGCGAUAACCGCGCUAAGCACCAGUCGCUUUCGGGCGUUGGGCCUGGUACUGUUACUCACGGUAGCCAUACUCGGGAUACUACUGCUCCUCACAGUUCCGGGCUUGGGGGUUCUGGACUUGAUACUACUGGUCUUGGUAGUACCGGUCACCGGGAUGCUUUUGCUGGUAGUAGUUACAAUCAUCCUGCUACUGGAUCUACUACUGGAUCUACCGGUACUACUGGUAUUACCGGCGCUACUGGUGGUGCUGGAGCUACUGGACUGCAUGAUUCUGGCAUCGCCAACAAGCUCGACCCCCGGGUUGACUCAAAUGUGACUCGUGCUGAGACUGGGGGUGUUCAGCGUAAGAUCUAG